AUGGCAGUCAUUCCACCACUUUCAAUGCGGCCGACGCCUCCCACUGCCAAUAAGCUUUCCAAACAGUCCAUAAGACCUGCCAAUUUACCUCGCAGAUCGACCUUGAAGAGAUCGAUUGAUGACACGAACCUUACCAAUGUACCCUCGAGUCCCUCCAAGCGUUUGCGUGUGAAGUUUGAUGCCGAUGUCGAUAUAGUCUCAGCCGAUGAAGAGGAUGACUUGGACCCACUUGUGGUAAAUGAGCAGGUUCGAAGGGCCCUCGAACGACAUCUGGCCUACGAUCAUGAGUCAUAUGAGAGAAUACGUUCGCUGUUUACUAUCGAGCCUGGGAAAGAGCGCGCGCUGUCCACAAAAGCUCUCAGAUAUUACAUCCAAGCGCUUGAGGCAAACGUUUCGAGACUGAGAAGAGAUUGUGGUUCGCUCGUACAGUCAGUGAUUUCUAGUGAAUGGGUGGGUCGAGAUGAUGCCUAUGUGGCGACUUUCGUUCGCUUUUUAGGCAGUGUGGCUGUGGCACAAGGUGGGUUUGUGAACGCUAUAGUGGGCAUGCUUGUUGAUCUAUUGGGACCCCAAAAGACGAGAAGAAUUGCAGAAUGCAAGGUUGUGCGUCAGCCGAAGAUACACAAACGUGUCCUGGAGACGAUCAAAUACAUGACACAACUUAUACCACUCGCAAGUUCAGUCCUGGCACAGCGCAUAUCGUCCAAACUGGAUUUCGAAUUCAGAAAGUCAAAGGAUAGAAUGGCGUUUGUCGAAAACUUCAUGCAAUUGAUACAUUACACUCCUGAGAUCACCUCCGAAAUCUUGACAACCAUAUUACGACAGCUGAUCAAGCUAGAUGCUUCGAUUCAGGCAGACCUUGACGAAGAGGAUGAUGACGUGGAAGAUGAGAUAUUGCAACACAUGACCAAGUCACAAACGCUAGCAUACUCCCAACGACGCCAUUCUUCAAACACUUCGAGCGACGACGCAUCGAAUGCCGAGUCUACAGAAGAUUCCGAUUCAGACGAGGAAGAGGGAAUGGACCCUGCAGCGGCACGAAAGAAACAGCUCAAGGAGGAUGUUGGUGAAGUUGACAAGAUUAUGGAUACAUUGUUCGAAUACUAUGCGGAGCUAACGAGCACGACCAAUUUAGAAUUGAGGGACAAUGCGGUUGAGCAAUUGAUUGCACAAUUCAACAGCCUGAUUCUGCCAACAUACCGAUCACGACAUCCUCAGUUCCUAAUCUUCCACUUCGCGCAAGCUGAUCCAGCUCGAGUAGACCGCUUCGUCACGAACUGUAUCAGUAUACUGCUGGACCAGAAGCAUUCUCCAAUGAUCCGCCACGCUGCAGCUGCAUACUUCUCCGGCUUUGUGGGACGAGGCAAGAAUGUCUCCCCUGCACUAGUGCACGACUGCCUCGAUCUGCUUUGCCAACAGCUGGACGAGCAGCGUCUCAAAUACGAGCCAGGUUGCAUCAACCCAGAUCUCAAAAAGUACGGUGAUUUCUACGCUAUGUUCCAAGCCGUCAUGUACAUCUUCUGCUUCCGAUGGCGUGAUCUCGGCACAUCUGUUCUCGACGCCGAGGACGACGACUACUCCGAUCUUGAAGACGAGCAGCAGCCAUAUGCUCUACCUCAAGCAAUUCGCGAAGUCAUUCAUUCAGCCAUAUACUCACGUCUCAACCCUCUUCGGAUCUGCAGUCCAGGCAUCGUCGAGCAGUUCGCAAAGCUCACACAUGCACUACAGCUCUUCUACGUUUAUCCGAAACUCGAGGAGAACAAGCGUGUCCGAAUCUCGACUUCGUGGCGAUCAGUAGCCGACAUCAGUUUGAGCAGUGGAUCAGAUGGUGACAGAAAUUGGGUGGGAGAAAAUGGUAUGCUCGAAGGGUAUUUCCCUUACGACCCGUACCACCUACCUAUUAGCAAGCAUUGGAUUGAAGGCGAUUACGUGGAGUGGCAGGGAGUUCCCGGUGAAGAAGAAGAAGAGGACAGUGAUUCCGAUGAGGAUGAUGAGAACGAAACUGAGUACGAUAUGUUGGACGAUGCUGGAGAUGAUCUCGAGUCGGAUGAGGUGUAG